AGCUGUGCUAGUGUAACGGAGUAAAAAGAGUUGCUAGUUAAAUUAUAUUAAAAUUGAUGCAAUUACGCCAUCUAGAGGCAGGUUGAUUUAGUGUGACAGUGGGAUUCGCGUUGCAUUUACCCAGACUGGAGAUUACGAGAUACUGGAUUGUUGUCCCGAGAUCUAUUUGCUGAACCCACAAUUCCACACUGUCAUACUUUGUUCCAGCAAUAAAGAAACCUGAUCCAAGUGGUUGUCCGUGGUGAUGUGUAGAAGCAACAGUAGAAUGGAGUGACCCGUCACAUUGGUGCCGUGACUCAUCGAUUUGAAGUUGGAUCUUCACCUCGACCCGGGACCAUUCUACUGGACGGCUUCGUCACACUGUCAGGUGGACAGCGUAUCGCUUCACACAUUAGUGUAGGCCUCAGUUGUUUUUAUUUACUUUUCUUUGCUAGCCCUUUUCUGACUAUAUUUCAUGCAGUUGUUACUGAUUGACUGAUACUGUGUUACUGAUUGUUUGAUAUUGCAUGAUACUCCAAUAUGAGCUACAGGCGAGGGUAUAUCAGUACGCCUUUUGGUGAAAGCCUUGGUAGAGGGAGGGGGAUUCCAAUAGUUUUGGAUUUUGAUAGUCCUGUUCAGGGAGGUGACGUUCAUGUGGUGGGGGAUAGUCAGAUUGCCGCAGCGGCCCCUAUAGCUAGUGGGGUCGGGUUUUCUUCCCAGAAUCACCACACUGAGCAUGCACCAAACACACAGGUUGUUGAUACGUCCACCCCAAUCACUACUCCCCUGUUACCUGACAUAGUGAGUCAAAUGAGUGACAUAAUUAGGAAUGUUGGUCAGCAGCUGGCGGAUAGCGUUAUUGCGCGCCUCAGCCCAACACAAGCAGUGCCCACGCCUAGCACAGCACACAUGCUCAGCACACCCACUAACACAUCCACACAGAGUCUGGACCUGUCUCAAGUUCAACUGGUGCCUCACAGGAAGGUGAAGGAGCAUCCAACCUUCAGAGGGGAUAGCACAGACACAGUGAAUGUUCGUGAGUGGGAAGACUUAAUGAGGAGUUACGUAAAGAAAACAAAUAUCAAAGCAGAGCAACAAGCAGAAGAAAUACUCACGCAUCUCAGAGGCAAAGCAAAAGAUGUUGUAAAGUUUGGGAUUCGGAACAGUGGCAUUAAAGUAAUUGAGAACCCGGAAGCCAUCUAUGGUCUUCUACGUAAACAUUUUGCUGCCGUCCCCUGUUCACCCCUCCCCCUAGCAGACUUUUACACUACACUGCCAAAGAGCGAUGAGGGUGCAUAUGACUACUGGCUGAGGCUCCAUCAGGCUGCAGAUGUUGCCACUGUCCGGCUUAAAGAACAAGGUAAAACACUAGACUGCCCCGCUCUUGAAGUGACACGUAUGUUUAUCAAGAAUUGUCCAUCUAGAGAGCUUGCCAUGACGUUCAGGUCAAAGACAAUAGAUAAGUGGUCUGUUGAAGAGGUCCAAGAUGUGCUAGAUGAAUAUCACAAUGAGAUUCGCUCUAAGGGUACUGUAUCUGUGAAUAGGAAACUCAAUGAGAAUGUGCACGUGAACAAGGUUGAAAUGCCGUGCGCUGGUGCGUCUUUACCUGACAGACAGGACCUUCAUGCAGCCAAGUCGACUGAGUCCCCUGCUCUUAACCGUGUCAUCACGAUGUUAGAAAAAAUUCUACUUCAGAGAGCUACUCCUGCUCAGGCCAUGUCAAACAGGGCGUCUACGCCUAGACUUCACAGGAUUGAGGGUCUGAAUAGCAUGCCAUGUGCUGUAUGUAGUGAUGCUAAACACUCUGCCUUGACUCACUGUCGUGACAAGAAACUCUGCUUUCUGUGCCAUUCACCUGACCACUCCAGACGCAGCUGCCCGGCACAAGAGAAAUCCGCUCAGUCGGGAAACUGA